UGCCAUUUCCACAAGCCAUAACCCACGGAGAACCAAAGAAACCUUCUCAAAUCCUCUAAAGAAAAGAAAUGGCCUCCACAGCUCUCUCAAGCGCCAUCGUCGGAACAUCCUUCCUCCGCCGUCAAACAUCUCCCAUCAGUCUCCGUUCCCUCCCCUUAGCCAACACUCAGACCCUCUUCGGUCUCAAGUCAGGAACCGCACGUGGUGGACGCGUCACAGCCAUGGCUACAUACAAGGUCAAGUUCAUCACACCAGAGGGAGAGCAAGAGGUUGAGUGCGACGACGACGUUUACGUCCUCGACGCUGCGGAGGAAGCAGGGAUCGACUUGCCUUACUCUUGCCGUGCCGGUUCUUGCUCGAGCUGUGCAGGUAAAGUUGUGUCUGGUUCUGUUGACCAGUCUGACCAGAGUUUCCUCGAUGAUGACCAGAUUGCUGAAGGGUUUGUUCUCACUUGUGCGGCUUAUCCAACUUCUGAUGUUACCAUUGAGACCCACAGAGAAGAUGACAUUGUUUAAGACAAAAAGCUCCAUAACAUGCUGCUUUUGAUGGUUUCACCAUCAUUCUUGUCUUUACAUUUUGGGUUGAGUUUGUUGUUACUUUAGUAUAAUCUAUAUUGUUGUCUGUUGUAAUUGUUCUUGGUUUGGACCAUCUUUUGGUUAGAUCAAUGGAUAACUGUUUAAAACUUAUGGUAAUGCAAUUUCUGAAGAACUUUUGAUGAGAA